GUUGCGAGAUAAUACUGGAAGAAAAGACACCCUUGUCGCACGAAGUUGUCUGCUUUCAGAUGCCUGUUUUCGGGACCACAACAUCUAAUUCCGAGUUAAUUGUGCCAUCAUCAUUGUAGACUCCACAUCUGUCCGUUUUACACGACAUUAUUUGAAACCUUUGAGCUCGAAAACACGGAUAAAUGGAGAGGCGUCCAACCAGAUUAUUACCACUGUUGUGAGCUGUUCAGUCUUUGUGCACCAUCAACCGAAUACUCUUUCGUCCCAUCAUGAAGAUUGCUGUGUUUCUCGCUUGCCUCUCGCUUGCUCUCGCAGCACGGAAGCUACCGCCUUCUAAGCGCAUUGUUGGGGGCAGCGAUGCUCCCGUUGGUAGUCGCCCUUACCAAGCGUCAAUUCUCUACUCGGCAAACUCUUACGAUACUUACUGCGGCGGUACCCUUGUUCAUCCAAAGUGGGUGGUAUCGGCUGGAAAUUGUGUCCAAGAUACCGGAGCCGUGUACGUCGGACUUGGCUACACUGAUUUGGGAGAUAAAACUGGUACCCAAAUCAUCAAAGGAACAUGGCACCUGAGUCCACAGUUCGACUACAACACCCUGGAUGGCGACCUCGCCCUUAUCGAGUUAGACACAGCGGUUCCACUUAGUGACACAAUCCAGACCAUACAAAUCGCUUCGUCUGGGAGUGACGUGCCCGGUGGAACAAAAGUGCUUGUUAGCGGCUGGGGCUCCACCUCAUCUGACGGUACAUGGGUCGACCACCUUCAACAGGUUGUGCUGGAGAUCCUUGACAGAGAUGUAUGUAACUAUAGAUUUUCAGGCGUGGAUAUUACAUCUAACAUGCUUUGCACGGAGAGCAAUGCUGGAAAAGACACAUGCUGGAGUGAUGAGGGAGGCCCUGUCGUGACAGGCUAUAGUGAGACCUCUCACAGCAAAUCCACCACACUGGUUGGCAUAGUCAGCUGGGGUUGGGAAUGCGGUGAUGCUAACUACCCUGCCAUGCACAACCGAGUUACAAACUACUGCCCCUGGAUUGCAUCCGAGACUGGUAAUGACGUCCAGUGCAAGUAAAGCUGCGUCGACGGACAUCUUGUGUCGUCAUAAAACGGACACAAUGACACAGUAAGACUUUAUGCAUAAGGGUACUUUUUCGAAACCACGGCUUCGGCUUUGGAUUCGGCUUCAGGCUCCGUUCUCUCGUCUGAAGCACUGAGCGCGUAAU